AUGCCUGACAAAACCACUACACGAUUACCACUUCACAUCAACAUAAAUACAGAUGUAUUUACUACCAAAACAAACUUUCGACGCAAAUUACUGCAAGAAUCACCUUUAAUAUCUCAAGUUUUAAAUUUUUUCAAAACAAGCAUUAUUUUCAAACAACCUUUACUGCUUUUUUUGAUACUUUUAUUUUGUAUAUGUCUUUAUGGUAUAAUUCGAUUUCCAACAAAAGAAGAAAUAAUAAUAUCACAAGAAGUAUCUGCAGUAGAUGUGUUAAGCAAUGUCUUUCCUACUGACGGUGAUGGAGAAGCCACUGCAAUUCUAUUGAAUUGGUCUAGGUUAGAAAAUUUGAAGAUUAUAGUAAAACAUCUAUGUCAAUAUUCAAUGUUUAAAGAGAUCAUGAUAUGGAACAAUAAUGGUGAUAUAUAUCUUUCUGACCAAGUAAGAAGUUCGCUUGAUUAA